AUGACCGUGGGCGUGAUGGUGGGCGGCCAUGGGCGUGAAUGGGCCGCGUGCGUUGCCCCGACGACCGCCCACUCUGAGACAAACACGAUCCCCACGCACUCUUGCGUCCGUGUCUCCGUGGAGCCGGCGGCCGCCCGCACCGCCACGCCCCUGCUGCAGGUGGCAGCGGGCGCCGACCUGCCCAGGGCAGCGGCCACCCGCGCCCACCCCGCCCACCACCUCAACCUGGCCCUCACACAGGACAAGUUCCUCCAGCAGCGACACCUCCAAGACGCUCUCACACUCAAGCUACAGGUGAAGGACGGGCUGCUGGUGGCUGGCGAUGGCGUGGAUGUGGCCACCUGGCUGCCCCUGCUGCCCCUGGCCACGGACGUGCACGCCGAGGCUGCUACACUCACCUACGCCCACCACCACCACCACCACCAGCAGCACCAGCGGGAGGGCGGCGGCCCGACCCUCAGGGUCACGCUGACGAGGACCGUCAAGGAGGGAGAGACGCCGCCCCUGUGGUUCUCAUCCGAGGUCGCCGCCCAUCUUGGCCUCCCGUUCCUCAACUUCUCCCACAUUAGAAACGGAGUGUACGUGUGUCCGCACUGCAGCCGACCCUUCACGGCCCCUAACCCCCUGAAGCUGCACUUGGCGGCCCGCUGCGACACGCUGGCCUCACACCUGCUGUGGGAGCGCCUCUCCUGCCUGCCCGCCCGCAUCACGCCCAAGCCCUGGUUCACGCCUCUCCUCUCAUCCCGCCCUUUCGAGAUGGUCUCCGUGUCGCCCAGGCCCCAGACGCCGCCCUCUAGACCCGUCAACAGGUCCCCAGGAAGACCUGCAGAGACGUCAGGGGGCCGAGGGUCGCCCGGUGGCAGCAAGUCUGUCUCUCCCGAUUCCACAAGCUCUCACAUGGGCGACCCCAGACCCUCUCCACCCAGGUCUUCCCUCCAACAGGAGCCACGGUCUGCUUUUCGUAGAGUCAAUAGCAACACCACGGGGCCCCCAGAGAGCCCGGGUCCCAGACUCCAAAUUUGCCCAAGGCCUCCAAGUUUCCUCUCUGCCGGACCUUCCCGGGCUUCCUUCCGGUCUUCCACAGUGCAUCCACUCAUCAUGGGAGGCCCGCCGCCCACAAGCAACCAUGAUUUAUUAUUUCAUCCACGUUUGCUGUUCGGUACACUGCUGCCCCCGCACCCCCAGAGCACCAGUGCUGCCCAGCCUCUUAUGCCCGUCAUGCCCCUGACGAGUGCUGCCCGCCCGCUCCUGGAGGCGGAUCCUGCAAGGGUCGUGGUGGACCCCUGCGCUGAAAUGGAGACGCUGGUGUCAAACUUGGGCCGCAGCCGACGAGGUCACCUUUGUCUGUACUGCGGAAAGCUCUACUCCCGUAAAUACGGCCUCAAAAUUCACAUCCGCACUCACACAGGCUACAAGCCGCUCAAGUGCAAAGUUUGCUUGCGACCGUUCGGCGACCCCAGCAACCUGAACAAGCAUGUGAGGCUGCACGCGGAGGGCGAGACGCCCUACAGGUGCGACCACUGCGGGAAGGUGUUGGUGCGACGCAGAGAUUUAGACAGACACGUUCGCUCGCGCCACCCGGAGGUCCUCCCGCCCUCGGCCCACCCGCUCACCGACACCGAGGAUGAAGAUAUUCUCGAUGUGGAAGACGACGACUUCUCGUCGCAAGCUGACGUACACGACUCUGCUUAAGUCACGCCCGUCCACACGACCGACUGCCUAGGUCACGCCCGUCCACACGACCGUGUAGCAGGUUGCCGAAUGCUCUCUCUGGCAGCUCUCAAGCUCGGCUUAAUUAAUUAACACCAGCUUCAUUAUCUACUCAAAAUAACUGUCUGGUCCAAACCAACCAUACAGAGUGCCUCACGCUUUAUGAUACUGUUACCUCUUUAUUUGGAUCAAAUAGUGCCAGAUUUUUAAUUAAAAUAAACUCAAAGGCACAGUUGUCCCUUACUACUUUCAAAAUAAAGUUAAAAAUGCUAAUAGUGACAAUAAUAAAGUACAUAUUGUGCUGGUACCUGGCGACGUGUCGCAUCGUUAUCAAAGCCAACCUCUUAAAAGGACGGUGUACUUACAGCAACUGUUUGGUCGAACGCUCAAUAAGAAUCACGUUUUUUACAAUUAAUUUUUUAGAGGACAGGAAAAAAAGACAAAAAACCAAACAAACAUUUUUAGCCUAGUAUAACGCAUAUAUAUUUACAAUAUAGGGCUAGGAUAGCGUAUAUUAGCCCUAGGAUUGGAGAGGUUAUAUUAUGUUCUUUAUUACUUUUCCAUUUUUCUUGUAUGCCAUCUGGGUUAAUUAUAUAAUACCAAGCGUGAAGUUUUUGAGCCCAAAAGUCUGUUUGGUCAAAUAUUGCUAAAAGUAUAGUCAUUAUUAUUGGAGGCUGGGCUGUGAUAUCUUAUUUAACUUACGUAAUAUGUAACAUAAUCUUUAACUUCUUUCAUCUUUACCUCAUCUCCCUUCACCUCACUGUCCUUACCCACCCUUCUGUCUCACUGACAUCAAACUUCUCGGACCUCAUCCCCGCUACUUCCACCUCACUGACACCACCCCACCCACACGCUGACACCACCCCACCCACAC